GGACCGAACCCACCGCCAGAGCGUCCGGAUCCGAUCCGGAAGCCCCUUUGCUUUUUCGCUCAUCCCCAUCCUUUUCAUGGACGGAAGCCGCUACUUGGACGCCAGAGGGUUGAUGACCCCGGCGAUGACGUCAGCGAGGGCGGACGUGACGACAGCGACGAGCGACAUGGUGCUGGAGAUCGUCCUCACAAAAAGAGACCAAGGACCUCAUGGACCACGCAUGAAGCACGGGUGGCAGCGGCCGGGCGCCGCAAAUGCGGUGAUGGACCCAAAUAAGAAGGACGACCUGCUGCCGGACAUCCUGUGGUGGAGGCGGGCUGCGGCAUGGGCGGCCGCGGGCUUGCGCGAUGUUCGGAAGCGAUUGGUAGAAAGGCGACCCGACCGGAUUCUUCUCUCGACAAACGAUGACGAUGCGGACGCUGCUCCCUCCAUCGAGGAAGAGGCUCGGACGGUCCGCAGUCCGAUGACAAGGAGUUCCGAGAACAGGCAAGAUCGAAGUAAGGGCUCCACAAGUCCGCGCGCCACCUUAAUCGCCGAGAUCCGGAAAGACAUCGACGGCUAG